AUGAGCACACAAAGCACACAACUCGAGCGGUACGGGGGCGGGGAAACCGAUGACUAUUCAAGUGACUCAGAUGUCUAUAGUGAUAAUAUAUCCGAAAGUGGGUCAGAAAAUUGCAGUGACUAUGGUUCCGACUAUGAGUCAGAUACUGAAACAAGUAUUAUUAAUCCUCAAAUAUCCCAACCCCCUAAAGUAGAAGAGCAAAUGUCUAAUUCAACAAAUUUCACAGAUCGAGUGGGAGUUAUAUAUACUCAAAGGCAAGAAAAGUUCGAUAAUAAAUUUACCCAGAAAGACUUAUUAAAUAGAAUCUGUGGAAUUGCUUCCUCACCUGCUAGAGAAAUGCUGAGCACUAAAGGUUUGUUGGAAGAUGUAUAUUUAUGGGACUAUCUUUUACCUAAUUAUGGCGCAAAAGAAGGAAUUAGUCUGCUUGAUGCAUAUACACGGGAGGAAUUAGCAGAUAAAUUAGUUAUACAGGUAGAACAGGGUGAAUAUAAAAAAUUCUCAGUUGUAGAUGAUAUUUCUGAAGUAUAUGGUUUACCUGGAAUCCACGAAUGUAUUAAUGGACAAAGACCUCUAAGACCCGUUAUUGAUAUCGAUGCCUCUAGUGAAAAAAUGGGAUUAGAAAAGGUUAAUGCUAGAGAUGUAUUCAUUCAUAAUGGGUGGAACAAUCUCAAUGACACCAGAGUUCAACCACCAAUUAGUAUGAAUUUUGAAGUACGUCCUCGUAUACUUAGUGUAGAGAAAAUAAAUCAGAAAAAAAUAAUCGUGGGUCAUAAUGCAUUAAAAAAUUAUGCGAAUCUAGUUCUGCGGAAGUAUCCUAAUUAUCUUAGUGAUUGGGAUAUCGAAGAGCGGAGCUCAUGCCAAGGCAUAGAAAAAAAUUCUCAAUAUUUUGUAUACUUUAGUCGAAAAGCGUAUCAGGAAUGCCCAAUAUGUAAUCGCAUACACGAGAAGGAUCAGCGGUGGUUUGGUCGUGUAUAUGGUAAUGGAUCAUUCGUUGUGAAAUGUUUUCAACAAAAUAGAGAUGAACGGGGGGUAAUUUUCAAUGACCCAUCUAUUGCAGAAAAAAUUCAACAGAAAAAUAAAAAUAAUAUUCCAUCACCCGUUAUACAUAAGGUGAAAGGUCCGAAAUUCCCAUGGCCUUUCUUAGAAAUGCCAGCUUGGGCUAAAUGUGAUUCCCCUCUUACCGCAACAGAAGUAUAUGAGGAGCAAUAUGUAAAACCUUUACCCGAGGAGGGCGAUGUAUAUGUAGGAUCACCUUGGGAGACGGGAAAGACUUAUACUUUAGAGCAUCUUACUAUUCCUGAAGCUAUAAAUUUGCUAGCUCUAUCUACACGACAUAGUUAUUCUAGUGCAGUUACAGUAAGACUUAAUCUCAAAUCAUAUUGUGAUAUCGACACUAAGAUUAUAAACCUCCCGGAACAUCAAAGAGUAGUAUAUGAAGUAGUAUCAAUAAAUGAUCAGGCCCAUACUCGCUUAGCAGGACGAUCAAGAGAGCAUUUAUAUAAGUUAAUUCACGAAGCGAGGCGCAUUAUUGUUAUGGAUAAUGAUCUAACCGAUCUCAAUAUAGAAUGGAUUAAAUCACUUCGGAAGGGCAAGCAAUUUUCAGUUAUUCAUAAUACAUAUCAGCCUCAGAAAGAUAAAAAAUUCCGCUUAGCUCCUAAUAAAGAAACUGUGUUAGCUGAACUUUGGGAAUGGGCAAGAGUGAUGUCUUCAUUACCUUAUGAGGAACGAAAAAGCGCAUCACUUAUUUGCCAUCUUAGAGGGGAUGUACAAGGCAUUACUCGCGCUCUGAUAAGAGAAUUUCCAACAUUGCGCAUCAAAAGAUACCAUGGGAAAUCAGAUCAAAUUGAGAAGUCUCACGAUUUUAGCAAUGUGGAAGAGACAUGGAAGGACGUGGAUCUUGUUGCAUAUACAAGUACAUUAAAAAUAGGAGUCUCGUGUACUAACCCCAAGUUUGAGCGUGCGUUCUGUCUUUUCAAAAGUUAUAUAGAAACAAAUGCAGGGACGAAUCAGAUGUUAUUCCGUAUGAGAUGUAUUAAAGAAUAUACAUGCCACAUCGAACAAAGAUCAUCAAAUCUCCCAAUUACCGAAGAGGGGUUAUUCCACUGGUUGUUAAAAGCUAAACGUGAAUCUCUCCCUCAAGAACUUCAGAAUAGAGGAAUAUUUCCAGAUGUAGAAUCCAUUAUUCGAAAUAAGGAUAUCCCAACAGUUCGAUUGUGGGUUGCCCACACAUUGGAAAAAUUUCGAUCUCGUCGUUUAUUUGGAUGGAGAAUGGUAGAUUUUCUUAAAAAGGCAGGUAUGGUAGUUUCUAUAAUAAAAGCCACUCCAAAAGCUAAAGAUGAUACCGUGACAUUAACUGAAACAGUAAAGGGGUAUUCUUCGGCUAUUAAAGCAGAGGAAAUUUCAGACAUUGCCAACGCCAAUAUUCUCAAUCAUGAGAUGGCCGAACACCUAGAAAACAAGCCAAAGAAGACUUUAGAAGAAAUGUAUGCAUUAAGCCGGUAUCAUAUUGCAGAUUGCUAUAAUAUGUCAUCCGGAUCUAUAACCGAAGAUUUUAUCUCAGGAUAUGGCAAGUAUGAUCAUAUGAAAUGGUUCAGAUCUUAUAAACAGUUACGAGAUGCUGGUACUGAUAAUGAGACGGCGGUUGAAGCUAUUGUACGUAAAGAUUAUAGAGAAUAUAGGCUCACAACUACCACUCGAGCUGAAAAGCAUCGAAUCUGUCUGGAAUUAUUAAAGACCUGCACACCCGUUAAAGAUAUUGAUGAUAGAAAUAGAUAUAAAGCUGGUAUUGUUAAAUCAUGUUUAGAAUCACCUGAAUCUAUAAAAUUUCUUCAAGGAUUAGUUCCAAAAAUGGCACGGGUUUUUGAUAAUACAGAUUCAUCUCGACGUGCUAAAAAAUCUGGAUUGAAAACUCUUAGAUCGAAGCUUGGUUUAUUGAAUUCAGCGCUUUAUGCGACUUAUGGAUUAAAGUUCAAAGCUACUGAUAAAAGUCUUAGAUAUUACCACCUAGUAGGUGUGUUCGAUAAAGAAAAUGCCCCUAAAUUACCAGCAUACCAAACGGGUGAAGGACAAUUCUAUGAAAAUGGUGAGGAUAUACGUUAUGGAUAUAGUAAACUCUCACCUGACGAAUUAGAGAUCGCUCCCAGUUCUGAUAUAUAA